GGGCAGCAGCGGCUGCUGCGGCGGAGGCUCUGAGCGCCCCAGUCCUGCCUCCCUAGCGGGAGCCCGAAGCUCACUGCAUAGCCUCAACCGCACCCAGGCUUCGUCCGUCUUUUCAAGCUCUUCAUGUUACCCAGCUAAAAGAAGAAAAUGGGCACCGGGGAUUUCAUCUGCAUUUCCAUGACCGGAGGGGCGCCCUGGGGGUUCAGAUUGCAAGGUGGCAAGGAGCAGCAGCAGCCCUUACAAGUCGCUAAGAUCCGAAGCCAGAGCAAAGCCUCCGGGUCUGGGCUCUGUGAGGGGGAUGAAGUGGUUUCUAUCAAUGGCAACCCUUGUGCAGACCUCACCUACCCAGAAGUCAUCAAGCUCAUGGAGAGCAUAACAGACUCUCUCCAAAUGCUCGUCAAAAGACCAUCCAGUGGAAUAAGUGAGACUUUGAACUCUGAAACUGAAAACAAAAACCAUGAGCAUCUCAUCCAUGAAGGGUACGUGGAAAGUGCCACCCUACAGAUUCGACCAGCCACAAAGAGCCAGUACAGAGAGUUCUACAUCGCCCAGGUCAAGAGUGGAGCUCCCCUAGCUAAGGACCAAGCAAGUGGUGCUGGUUUUUCUGGGAGCAUAAAAGAAGAAACAGGCCUGGCUCCUCACACGUCUGACUCUAAAAGUGGAUGCUUAGCAGAGGAGGUUAUCUUAAGGGAGAAGGCAGAAGCGGGGCAGCCAGGCACUGUGGUUGAGCUACAACUGACCCUUUCACAAGAGAGACACAAGCGCACUAGUGCCCCUGUAGUGGCUCUCCUGGGAGCUGAAAAAUCUAAGUCUCCUGACCCAGAUCCUAAUCUACAGCAUGACGGGAUCGUCCACAUAAAUUCUGUCCCCGCUAAUGAGAAAGGGGAGCCUUCUCUGAGGUCCAGCAAGAUAAUCCAGAUCUCCAGUGGCCAAGAGUUGAGAGUGAUACAGGGAAGUGAAGCAGGAGACACCGGGCUGCCCCGAGUGGAAGUGAUCUUCGACUGCUCUGAUAGGCAGAAGACGGAAGAGAGCAGGCUUCAGGCAGGAAAGGGGUGUGUGGAUUCUCCAGUGGAAGGAGGGCAGUUAGAAGCACCUCCUUCUCUGGUAUCCUUUGCAGUCUCAUCAGAAGGCACAGAGCAGGGAGAAGAUCCACGCUCAGAAAGGGAUCACAGCAGACCUCACAAGCACAGAGCACGCCACGCACGGCUCAGGAGGAGUGAAAGCCUAUCAGAAAAGCAGGUGAAAGAAGCAAAAUCUAAAUGCAAAAGCAUUGCCCUCCUUCUGACAGAUGCCCCCAACCCCAGCUCCAAGGGGGUGUUGAUGUUUAAGAAGCGUCGUCAGAGGGCCAGGAAAUACACCCUAGUCAGUUACGGGACUGGUGAACUUGAUCGAGAGGCAGACGAGGAGGAGGAAGAAGGCGACAAAGAGGAUACAUGUGAAGUAGCAUUUCUGGGUGCGAGCGAAUCCGAGGUGGAGGAAGAGUUGUUGUCUGACACUGACGACAACACACAAGUUGUGAACUUUGACUGGGAUUCUGGACUAGUGGACAUUGAAAAGAAACUGAACAGAGGGGACAAGAUGGAGAUGUUGCCAGACACCACAGGCAAGGGGGCCCUCAUGUUUGCUAAGAGGAGGGAGAGAAUGGAUCAGAUCACAGCCCAAAAAGAGGAGGAGAGGGUGAGUGGAAUGCCAAGCAGAGAACCAGAUGCUGCCCAGACGGAUGGCCUGAGAACCAUGACAUCUUACCAAAGGAAGGAAGAAGAAUCGGUGAGAGUGCAGAGCUCUGUGAGCAAAAGCUACAUCGAGGUGAGCCAUGGCCUUGGCCAUGUGCCCCAACAGAAUGGCUUCACUGGGGUGUCCGAGACAGCAGAGGCUCAGAGGAUGAUCCCUAUGAAUAGAACGGCCAAACCCUUCCCGGGGUCCGUGAACCAGCCAGCAACCCCCUUCUCUCCAACGCGAAACAUGACCAGCCCCAUCGCUGACUUUCCUGCGCCUCCACCUUAUUCUGCAGUCACACCCCCACCUGAAACCUUCUCCAGAGCAGUGUCAAGUCCGACAGCUGGCCCACCACAGCCCCCUCCGUGGCCCCAGCCUGGCCCAUGGUCCCAGCCAGCCUUUUACGAUUCAUCUGAACGAAUAGCUUCCCGGGAUGAAAGGAUCGCGGUGCCAGCAAAAAGAACAGGAAUAUUGCAGGAGGCCAAAAGGAGAAGCACGACAAAACCCAUGUUCACUUUUAAAGAGCCCAAAGUAAGCCCAAAUCCUGAACUCUUGUCACUUCUUCAAAAUUCGGAAGGCAAAAAGGGCACUGGAGCAGGAGGAGAUUCCGGACCAGAAGAAGACUACCUCAGUUUAGGAGCAGAGGCUUGUAAUUUCAUGCAAAGCCCCACUGCAAAACAAAAGACCCCACCUCCUGUCGCUCCAAAGCCUUCUGUCAAGUCCUCAUCCUCCCAACCAGUAACUCCAGUUUCUCCAGUCUGGUCGCCAGGAGUGGCUCCAACCCAACCUCCUGCCUUCCCCACAUCCAACCCAUCACAUGGCACCGUUGUUUCCUCCAUCAAAAUAGCGCAGCCUUCUUACCCUCCUGCCCGGCCUGCUAGUGCUCUGAACCUGGCUGGUCCCUUCAAAGGACCACAAGCAUCAGUAGCCAGUCUGAACUACACUCCCAAACCAGCGGCUCCCACACCAACGGUAAAUGCUGCUCAUACUGGUGCAAUGGGACCAUCCAAUGAGCUUCCAGGAAUGAGUGGGAAAGGAGCCCAGCUCUUUGCUAAAAGGCAGUCGAGGAUGAAAAAGUACGUGGUAGAUUCAGACACCGUGCAGGCCCAUGCUGCCCGUGCUCAGUCUCCCACUCCAUCUCUCCCGGCCGGCUGGAAGUACUCCUCCAAUGUCCGAGCACCCCCUCCUGUGGCCUACAAUCCUAUCCACUCCCCCUCCUACCCACUGGCUGCCGUCAAGUCCCAGCCAUCAGCCCCACAGGCCUCCAAAACAAGCAAGAAAAAGGGCAAGAAACCCCUUAAUGCUUUGGAUGUCAUGAAGCACCAACCUUAUCAGCUAAAUGCAUCCUUGUUUACUUUCCAACCUCCAGAUGCAAAGGAUGGCCUCCCUGCAAAGUCAUCAGUCAAGGUCAGUUCACUGCCAGUCAUGAAGCAAGCUAUUCCUCCUCAGCCAGUGAAUGCUGGCUCGCCCGCUAAUGUGCAGGCCUCGUCUGUGUACUCAGUGCCAGCCUAUAGCUCUCAGCCUUCCUUCUUUGCCGAGGCCACCUCACCAGUAAGCGCCUCCCCAGUGCCCGUGGCCAUUCCCACCUCUCCAAAGCAAGAAUCAGCCUCGACAUCUUACUUUGUGGCACCAAGGCCGAAGUUCUCAGCAAAGAAAAGUGGUGUCACAGUUCAGAGUGGACGCUCUCUUUCUCUUCCUGGAAGACCAGUCCCACCCACCAUCUCUACAACAUCUCUUUGGGUAUACCAGCCUGUUUAUAGCUACUCUAGCAAACCAACUGAUGGGCUAGAGGAAGCAAACAAGAGACUAACUCCUUGGGAAGCAGCGGCCAAGUCUUCUUUUGGUUUAGUGGAUGAUGCCUUCAGACCCAGAAACAUUCAGGAAUCCAUUGUGGCAAAUGUGGUCUCAGCAGCUCGGAGGAAGGUGCUUCCAGGGCCAUCUGAGGAUUGGAAUGAAAGACUGUCCUAUGUCCCUCAAACCCAGAAGGCCAAUAUGGGCUCAUUUGGAAGGCAAGAGUAUAAUGUUGCAUUCCUACCCAAUAAUAGUAUGCCCACCAACUCCCAACAUGGUUCACAGGUGCCAUAUGCAUAUUAUAGGCAGCCUUCCAGAAAUGAUUCUGAAAUAAUGUCCAUGGAGACCAGGUCUGAUUACUGUGUUUCAGUAACCAGUUGCAACUAUAACCCACACCCAAGGGGAUGGAGACGCCAAACAUGAAAGUUAGAAGAACUGAUCAUGUGCCACUUAUAAUUUUUUUUAAUAUUUCUUUGCAGUGGUUUUGACUUUUCCAACAGAUUUAGAUUCACUUUUGAUCUUGGCUUGUUCUCAUAGGUCAUUUAUCUGAGUUUGUAUGUGUGUGUGUGUGUGUGUGUGUGUGUGUGUGUGUGUAUGUAUAUGCACAUGUGAGUGUGAAUCACUUCCUUCUCUGCAGAUGCAUAGAGAAUUUCUCUGAAGAAAAAUUCAUUUUCUGUGCUGAUGGCACUUACAUGUAAUUCAUAAUCUUAAUUCCAUUUAUUUCAUUAAUAUGGAGUAGUCUAGGCAACUAAACUCUCUCAAUUAAAAUGAAAUUAAGUAUUUUCUUGUAUGUGCCUUAGUCUAGCAUGGAAUUAAUGAAAUAUGGUAUGCUAAUUGUCAUUAGCAGUAACAGCAAGAAUAUAACAUUGGAGAAUUUUUCAGUGGGGAUAUGCCAAUGAGUAAUAAUUAUGUAAAAAGGAUUUCCUUGGUGUUAUUUUAAGCAUUUCUCUGAAAUAUAUUUUAAAAUCUGAUAAAAUUCAUAUUUGUUUUUUGGAAUUGAAAUAUAGAUGUUCUCAGAAAGAAAUAAAUAUUUGAGAGUAAGACAAUUAUACAUUUCAGACGGAUUUUUGAGGUACAUGGCGUAAUAUGUGGGUAAUAGAAAGAUUUAGGUACAGGAUUUAUUUUUAAUCUACUUAAAGCCAGUAGCCUGAGACAGGAAUAGAUUCUGGGUUCAGGUGUUCUCAUUUGUCAAAUGAGAAUAUCAGAUUAUUUAAUCUCUUAUAUCCUUAACAGCUCUGAUAUUCUGAGUUUCUCUCAUUUGUAGAAUGAUCCUUGAUGCAUUAUUCAUUUUUAUUGCUCAUCAUAUAAAUAUCAGAUUAAGUUUAGGAGUGGAUGAGGUCACUGGUGUCACUACAUGUAUCAUUAAAGGUCCAAGAGGAAUUGUUGGGCAGCAGGUUUUGUGCUAUGUGUUACGUGGAGUGAGGGUUGAUGUGAAGAAAAAAGCUAUUAGUGGAUUUAAGGAAGUGGUAGAGGAUGUGUCUGUUAUUAUGCAAAUGUAGGUCAUGACCAUUUAUUUAGUUAUGGAAAGCAUGCCACAGAAGCCUAUGCAACAAGUCGUGCUUCUUUAGAAAGACAUCAUUAGGAUGUUCAAAGGAAGUUAAACAGUUGCUUGGACAAUUCCAUGACCCAUGCCUUGUUAGCAUGACCAUGAGACAAUCAGUCAAACACCUGCUCCUCACUGCCAUGCCCACAAAGUAUUAAAUACAAGGAAAUUCAAAGUAUUUUACAUCAUAAACAAGUAUUGAGAACAUUUUAAAAUGAAAACAUCUUGAGUGUUCAAAACUUUCUUAGGUUUCUAAGUACGAUUAUUUUGUUUUGUUUUACUUUUUUUGACUCUUGAAUUUAUCACUAUGAUGGUCUCUUUCACAGAAUAAAAUUUUUAAAAAUUGCCAGGAUACAAGUAAUCCCUUAUGUUGGAAACAAAGAAAUAAAAAGGUGAAGAAAUCACAGUAAAUUCUAUGGGUAAUGGAAUCACCCAGAUACUAAUUUGUUCAGUUAUUAAGAAAAGAAGAGUACUUUCUAAAGUUAUAUUGUUAAAUUAUCUUAAAUUGAUACAGCAUUAAUUCUCUCAAAUUAUAAGAUAUAAUUAUUGAUUCCUAAAGAGUUCCUAUGGAAUCUUAAAAAAAUAAUGUCUGGUAUACUGAUUAAUCUGUCAGGAAUUCUCAGGAAUCCCCACAUAAAAAUUCUUACAGUGGUCCAGUUAUUCUAGAUGUCAAUGUUUUAAGAUAUGCAGAAUUUAGCAGAAAAGAUUUUGUGUGACAGGAUCAUAUCCUAUUUUGUUGCUUUCUUUUAUGAUGCUAGAAGUUAUUUCCUUUACUCCUUAGAUUUUAGAUACUUCAAUUCCAGAAGUUGAUAUACAUUAUAUUAUUCACUAAAACUUUCACUAGACUCAAAAUAGAGAGAAGCAGACAUUUUAAACUUAAGUAUUAUUGUAAAACAGCCAUCUCCCUCUUUGCAUGCACUAGAUCAAAAUAAUCAUUGUAUUAAGCUAUUUGAAUUUAUUCUAGACAUCAAGAAAAAGACAGUACAUGGCAGGAGAGUUAUGCAUUUGUCAUUCACAAGGAAAUGAAUGUCUCAUAUUUUUUAUUAGAAGUCAAUGUUUCAAGAAGUCAUACUUUGCAGAUAUAAUUCUGAAAAGCAGAAGUGCCAUUGUCAAAUCAUCACAAAAUGUAUGGGUAUUUAUCUCCAGUUUACUCAAAAAGGAGUAAAGUUAGAUUGCUUACACUCAAGCUAGUGUUUGAGCUAAGGUUGCCAUGCUGAUAUCUGAUUCCUUUUGAGAAUACCUAGAUAACUACUGUUCUCACAAAAAUAAAAUCAGUUUGUCUUAUAUUCCAAAUAAUAGUCUUUUUAGAGAAGAGCUGUUGCUUUGUAAAUAUAUACCACAUGUGUUGUAAGACAUUUUUCUACUAGUAGCAGUCACACUGGUAGAAAGAGUUCUGUUCUACCAUGGAUUAAAAAGCAUUCUCUAAAAGUACACUAAUUUGGCACUUCCUUUCCAUCUUGAGUUUAAAUAUAUCAUUGCAUGUGUGUGAAGUGUCUAUUAUUAAGAUGAUUUAAAUACUGUCCUGUAUCUUAAGUUUUAUAACUGCACAAUUCUAGUCCAUUUAUCUAUGAAUAUGUCUCAUGUUUUGGCCCCAUCACCCACAUUGGAAAGGGCUACACAGUUAGGGCUCAAGCAUAUACAUAUAUACAUUAAUCAAUUGAAACUUUGGAUAAAAAAUAUAUCAAAUAGGCUCAGUUAUUAUAAUUAGAGACGAACUGUAGAAAUGUUUGUUUUUAAGAGAAAGUAGAUUUUCACAUUUGAUUUCUUUUUAAAGUAGAAGUAUCUACACUGUCCACACCUUUUCUACUAAAAUAGACUAUGUUCUCCUGCUUAUUAGCUUAACAUUUCCACCUUUGUUUAUCCCAAUAGACUGUAUUUGA